CCUCCUGUGCCCAUGGUUCCGCCCGGGCUUCCGUGGCCCCAGGCUUCCACUCCGGCUUCCGGUUGAGAAGUCUGCAGAAAUGGCUAUGGGUACCGUGGGCUUGGGGCUAGUGGACUGUCACUGCCAUCUCUCCGCCCCGGACUUUAACAGCGAUCUGGAUGCUGUGUUGGAGAAAGCCAAGAAGGCUAAUGUUAUGGCCCUUGUAGCAGUUGCUGAACAUGCAGGAGAAUUUGAAAGGAUUAUGCAACUUUCAGAAAGGUAUACUGGAUUUAUCCUGCCAUGUCUGGGAGUUCACCCAGUUCAAGAACUUUCACCAGAAAAACCAAGAAGUGUGACAUUAAAGGAUCUGGAUGUAGCUUUGCCUAUUAUUGAGAAUUACAAGGAUCGGUUGUUGGCAAUUGGAGAGGUGGGACUAGACUUCUCCCCCAGGUUUGCAGGCACUGAUGAAGAGAAGGAAGAACAAAGACAGGUCCUGAUCAGACAGGUCCAAUUGGCCAAAAGACUAAAUGUGCCUUUAAAUGUGCACUCGCGCUCAGCAGGAAGACCCACCAUCAACCUCUUACGUGAACAAGGUGCUGAACAGGUCCUGCUGCAUGCAUUUGAUGGUCGGCCAUCGGUAGCCAUGGAAGGAGUAAGGGCGGGUUACUACUUCUCAAUCCCACCGUCCAUCGUGAGAAGUGGACAGAAGCAGAAGCUUGUGAAACAGCUGCCUUUAAGCUCUAUCUGCUUAGAGACAGAUUCACCUGCACUGGGACCGGAAAAACUGACACGGAAUGAGCCCUGCAACAUUUCCAUUUCAGCAGAAUUCAUUGCCCAAGUGAAAGGGAUCUCAGUGGAAGAAGUCCAAGAAGUGACAACACAGAAUGCAUUAAAACUGUUUCCCAGGCUUCGGGACCUGCUCCAGAUUUAGCUUCAAAACCACCCACUGCCCGGCCAAGUCAGCUCAGGGCCGCACUGGGGAAAGCAAGCAUUGGCUUUAAUAGUCUGACAUGAGGAAGCCGGUUUAUAUGGAGAGCACUCAUAGUUUUACAGAAAUGUUUCUCUUUAAAACAAAUUCUGGGCUGGAGAGACGGCCCAGCCACUAAGAGCACUCAUUUGUUGCUCUUCCAGAGGACUCAUGUAGUUCCCAGCACCCACAGUGGGUGGGUUGCAACUGCCUGCAGCUCCCUCCAACUCCAGAAGAUGCAGCCCCUCUCUGGCCUCCUCUAGCACUAGCACACAUGCAGCAUACCCUACACAGACACACAUAAACAUGAAUAUAAAUAAUAAUUUCUAAAAACUUUAAAAAGAAAUUUGGCUUGGCUGCUGGGUUCCAACUUUCAAUUAGCCAAGUCCUGGAGCAGACUGGGAAAACACCACAGACACGCUAGCUUCCAGAGUUAUUGCCCACUUGAGGGAGGAAAGCCUCAAGGGACCCCCUC